AUGACGAGUGCUAACAUUACAUGCCAAAUUCUUGUGUUAGGCUAUACCGGUAGUGGUCGAACAACAUUAAUAAAAAAAAUUAUUGGUGAAAAUAUUGUACAUGAAACUAUAUCUGGAACAAAUUAUGAGCAAAUAAAAUGCUUGGAUAAACAUUUAACGUUUAUCAAAACAUCAACAUUUGAAACAAAUGAUAAAAGUUGGUAUGAAGUACAAGAAUUUAUUCGAAAUGAUUUACUUCCAAUUCAUGCUAUUUGGUUAUUAUUACAUUAUCAAUCAGAUAUUGAUGAGAAUUUACUUAAUCAAUUAAAAAUGUUACCACGUGCACCUUCAUUUAUCAUUUUAAAUAAAACAGAUUUUUUACAAAGUCAUUCUUUUUGUUGUCAAUCAGAACUUGAAAAAUAUAUGAAGUAUUUUGAUGAUACAAAUCAAAAUGAUUUUCCGAAUUAUUUUCGAAAUAAUCAAAUAUUAAUGGUUAAACGUGAAUAUUUAAUGAAAUGGAAAAUGAACAAUGAAGAUGUAAUUAAUCUUCAACAUAUUUUUUUAAUGUCGUUAAUUGAUAAAGAUGAAACUCAUCGUUCAAUUGGUGUGAAAACAUUACUAGAAGAAACAAUUCGUGUAGUUGAUGUAUCCGAACAAUUACGAAGUAAAACAUACUUUUAA